GUUACGUUGUACAUUAUGUCGGUGCCAUGUCAGUUUAGCUUGAACGAUCGUGGAGUGAACUUCUUUUGUUAUUUUUUUGUUUUUAAUAAUUUAUCAUUUUGAAAUUUUAAUCUUAUUCUUAAUAUUUCUAAUAAUUCGUUUUUUAAUCAUUCCUCUCAUUUUUAUUUUAUUUUAAUUCGUAACGUUAUGUUCAAGCUAGACUAUCGUGCAAUAGUUUCGUUUCAUAUGUUAGUGUUUUCCAGAUCUUCCGCGUCUUCCGCGUAGUGCAGUUUGAUUUCAUUGUAAUCCUGGACGAUCGUAAGUCCCCUUUUCCCUCAUUUUCUUUCCUUUUAUUUUUAUGUCUGUAAGGUGAAAAUUAUAUACUUCAUGAGAGUAAGAUCAAGCGGAAGUAGUUGCCAUUUUCUUUGUUGUUUUAACGAAGUUAAUUCGAACAGGAUUUUUGCAACUCUUUCUAAAGAAUUACAAUCAAAGAAGAUAUAAUUUGUGCUGCGUUUGGGAAUAAUUUGAUUCUUUUGAAUUAGAUGAUGCCCGUGACGUACACCGCCAUUACAUGACCCGUUUUAUGCGGUGAUUCGACACAUUUUGUCAUUUCUUAAUGCCUAUAUUUUGGCUAAGGAAAUCACACGUAUAAAAUUGGUAACCCAUUAGGGAUCUUUUGCGAUUGUUGAUGAACGGAAGCAAAAAAAACAUUGUUUUUCUGCAUCGCAAAAAAACGCAGUUUUCUAGCUUUGUUUCAUCUGCAAAAUUCGCAAUACGUAAAUAGAAUAAUAAUACAUUUAAUGUUUAUAUUCUAUUUCGUGCUACCUUCUAUGACCGUGGCGACGGAAAUAGAAUAUCAAUUAUCCUCGUGACGACGUAUCGGACGAGACGGGCAAUGUAAUCAAAUGAGCACAGUUACUUUCAAUUUUAUUUUUUUUAUAUUUUAAAUAGCAUCGUUCCGUUAUUUAGGCUCUUCUUUUAUUAAGAAGUUCGCCAUUGAAUAACAUAUAAAUUAAACAAUUGCACAGUUUAUAAAUCCUGCCUAUUAAAAAUCUAAUUUAGCUAGGGCUUAGCUUAGUUAUAAGUUUAGCUAGGGAUUGGUAUAUGUUUUAGAUUAAAAAGAGGAUAGGCGAUGAUUAGCACGUCUACCUCUUUUUCGGGUAGGUCCAUUUUUUUGUAUACCGUCUGUUCCAAAUGGAAUAAACGGUUGAUAUACUGUGAUGAUGUCUACCGCAGUUUAAAAUUUGUAAAGGAGGGUGGAUGGGACCGUUGGAGAUAGGGCGAGUCACCAUUUGCAGCAACCUCCUCGUGGUGUGACUUGGGAAAUUUGUAUUACUACAUAAGUAAAACAAAUUUGCUAAUGGCUGCAACGAUUACAAUUUUUAAUAUUUUGAACAUGUAAAAUAAUAUCAUUAAUAAUAAUAAUAUUAUUACUAUAAUAUCAUUAUAUAUCAUCUUACAUUUGUAUAUAUUAAUAUAUUUUAUUCUUAAAUUAUUUAUUAUUUUUUUUCUAAGUUAAUACAUAAAUAUUUAUAUUGCAAAAAGUAUAUAUGUAUAAAAUAAUUAUUUCUGUAUUUUUUAGUAACGAUAUAAUAUUAUUUGAAUUCAUUAUUGAGCAAAAAUUACAAUAUAUUGAUUAUUAUAUUCAUUUUUAAUAUAAAUUAUCAACAUAUUAAAAUGAAGUGAAUAAGUAAAAUAAGUUGAAAAACAUAAUGAAUAUUCAAAAAUUUAAAAAAAAGAAAAAUAAAUAUUGUAAUAUAAAUGUGUAAUUUAAUAAUUUUAUUAAUGAUUUAAUUUAUUAAUAUAUUGGAUUUUAAAAUGGAGAAUUAUCAAUUAAACAGAUCAAAACAAUCUCUUAUAUUGAUUAAUAACAAUUAAUGGAAUGUUAAUAUAUAUAAAAUUGAUAUGUUGUAUUUAUUUUAUUUUCUAUAAUUUAAAUAAAAUGAAUAAAGUUUGUUUCAGUAUUUAUAUUAUUUGUUAGAAGAUUUACAUUAUUUAUAAAAAUAUGAAAAAACUAAUGCAUAAAUGUAAGUAAAUAAAAAACUACAUGAUCUCUUUAAAACAUAACCUCACAUUUUUAUAAUCAACAAAUUAUAUAUUAUAACAGAUUUUAUUUAUAUAUAUUUUAUUAUUUGUAAAUGACAAAAUUUGACUAUUUAUUAUUUAUUUUUGAAAAAUUUAAUAAUUCCUAAUUUUUUAAAUUAUUUUUCUAUAAAUAAAAUACGAAAUUGAUAUUGUAAUUUGUAAAGAUUCAUCGUGCAGAAAUAUAAAUUAUUUUACAAUGAGUUUUCCCAUUAUCAUAAUAUCAAAUUAUCGUAUUUUAUAAUUCAUAUAAAAAUAUACAUUAAAACUAUAAUAUUCUCUAUUUUUAGGAAGUUUAAUUACCGGCAUAAAGAUAAAUUCGUGUAUAAAAAUAAAAAGAAAUAAUGCUAAAAAAUAAAAGACCAAAUGAUUUAUUAAACAAUGGGAACGGUCAUACGAGUAGUAAUUUGUACUUAAAACAAAAGUAGUAUAAAUAUUUUUCAGAAAUUAUCUUUCAAACUUCAAUGAUAUCUUAAUUUAAAUAAUUAUUUAAUUUGAUAAAUGAUUUAAUUUUUGAACAAAAAAAAAGAAUUUGUGUUAUUCUUUACUUGAAAUAUUAUUCAUGUUAUUUAAUACUGUUUUCAAAUACUUAUAUUACUUAUAAGAAGAUAUACAAAAGAUAUAAGAUUGCGUUCAAUAAAUUGACAUAUAUAUGAAUAAAAGAUAUGUGUUCUGAUUGAUAUUUUUUAAUCCAGUAGUUUCAUAAUUAUAUUGUUUUAUGAGAUAUUUAUACUUAUGAUAGAAUUUUUAUAAAUUUUUAUAUUUUUAUAAAAAUAUAAAAUUAUUUCUUUAUAUUCUUCAAGAUUGAUUUUUGACGAUGAUUAACGAUAAAUAACUAUUUAUAUUAAGAUGAUGUUUUAAAAAACAUUUUUUAUAUAUUUUUUGAUAUACAUUGAUAUACAUUUUUGAUAUACAUUAUACAAUUCAUGAUAUGUAUAUAUAUAUAUUUAUUUACAUUUAUGGAAUCUUAAUCUUAGUCAAAGUUUUUUUGAUAAAAUCAAUUAGUGAUAAAACUGAUAAACAAGAGAUUAAUUCACAUUUUAAUGUAAUAAUUAAAAAUACAUAUUGUUUAUUAAAUACAUCGAAAUAAGAAAUGUAUUUUUAAUUUUUAUUAUUAUUCAUCAAUAUAUACAUUUCUAAAAAAAUUUGACACAGAAUUCGUACAUUUUUAAUUCUAUUAUAAAUUAUCUCUUUAUUACUAUCAUAAAUUUAUUAAAAUAAAUUAUAAUAAAUAUGAAUAUAUAGAAAUAUAAAUUAUACAAUAUUUUGCACACAAUUCUAACAAUUCUAUUCUUAUUUUAGCUCUUAAUUUGAUAUUUGAACUUUGUGCUUUCAUGUAAGUUGCCUGUAUUUGGAAUAGAUUUAUAAAACACUGAUAAUUUUAUCGACAAUAUAAUCUAAAUACACUCUGUCCUCAUAUAUUCAUCAUAUUCAUUUUAACAAAUUUUGCAUUUACAUGUACACACACUCGCGCGUGCGUGCGAUUUAGUAUGUAUAUAUAUAAUUUGACACAAUAUAUAUAUAUAUAAUUUAUAUAAAUGAAUGGUGAAAAGAAUAAAAAAUAAUUCAUUUUUGAGAAACUAACUAAAAAAUAUUUUUUCAUCAUAUUUUAAUAAAUAUAUUUUUUUAAAUAUAAUAUUAUAUUAAAUAGUAAAAUAAUGAAAUUUUAACCAUAAUUAUUAUGAUUUUGUCAAUAUAAUUUUAAAUAAGAAUUUUUAUAAAGGAAUUAUAAGAAAAUGGAUAUUUAUUAUUAAAUUAAAUAUUCUGUAAUAUAUUAUUUUAAAUAAAAAAUUAUAGAAGAUUAUUAACAAUAUAUUGUGUUAUGACAAAUUGACAAUACAUUAUUGCUGCAAUCUAUUAUUAAAUGAAAAAAUUAAUUGUGUAUACAUAAUAUAUAAUUAUAUAUGUUUAAAAAAAAGUUAAAUAUGAGGAUGUAAAAGAAAUAAAAUAUAUACAAAUAACUGAUAAUGAUGAAUAUAUAUAUAAUAACAUGUAAUGUGUCAUAAAUAAUUUAUUAUUUCAUGAAAUAAUAAAUAUUUAAUACAUAAUACAUAAAUAAUUAAUACAUAUUCUUAAUUAAUAAAUAAAAAUCGUUUGUAUAUAGAGAAAAAAUAUACCUUAAUUUUUUAUGCACAUAUAAAAAAUCAAUAAAAAAUAAGACUAUUGAUUUGCUUUUUCUUUCAUUUAAAUUAAUGAUAAAUUAUUAUUCUUAUUUUUUGAUGACGUCCAAUGAAACGUCAAAUGACGUGCAUGAAAUUUCAGAAAUCAAAAUAUAUUUUUUUAAUUUUUUAAAAAAUAUAUAAUAUUAAGACAAGUGAUAAUUUCAUUGUAAUGAACAACUUGCAACUUAUUUAAAAUUCUAUAAUAGAUUUUAAUAAUAAUAAUUUAUAUAAAAACAAAUGUAUUUUGAAAUAUUUUAUAUUCGUUUUUUUUAAGUAUAAAGGAGUAAUUAAAAAUGGUAUUAAUUUAUUACUUACUGCAAUAAAAUUAAAUUUUUGUUAUAACUUUAAGAUAAAUAUGUUUUAAAUAUUUUUUAUUGUUGUAAUUUUAAAAAGUUUAUCAAUCUAAUAAUCUUAUUGAAGAUAUAAAAUUUAAGAGAAAAAUUUUAAAUGUUAUUUGAAAUAAAUUAAUUAAUCAUAACCGGUCAACUAAUACAGCAACGAUUACUAGAGAUCACAACUAAAUAGCUCCUUCACGAUCUCGACUUUGAUCAUAUUAACUCAUCACUCUCUUGAUUAUCUUUCUUUGUUGUGUCCUUAAAAAGAUGGUGGAUGCGUGGAAAAAAGAGUGAGAGAGAAGUGGAAAGAAAAACAGAGUGAGAAAGAGCACUCUGGAAAGCAACGGCGGUCAAUGGUGAUGGCCGCGAUGCAGCUAAACGGUUGAGUCAGUCAGUCAGUCUCGAGACACCGAGAUUCGUGUAUCGUUGAGAGAUUGUUCAAUUGGUUACUGUCUCCAAUUUUUUAAUAGUUUAUCAUGAGUAUAAUUCUAUAAUUUUAAAAACAUUCAUUGUUGUUCUACGUAUAAUUGUAAAAAUUGUAAGCGUGUGUUUUAUUUUUAAUUACUUAAUCACAUCAUUAUGUGCUUCGAAGACGCGGAAUAUAGAAGUUGAGUUACUCUUGUUUCUGACUCGAGGAUAAAGUUGAUAGUCUAUACAGUUGUUAAACAUAUACUCCUAAAGUUAUGGUCGUCUCUUUUUGACCGACUUCGCUCGUAUUGCUAGUUCAAUAAUGUAAGAACGCGCGUUAUUUGAAAUAUAUUUGAUUUUAUCCUUAAAAUCCUCAUUGUAAUAUCUUUAAGAUAAAACGAUCUUAUCAAAUUGAAUUUAAUAAUAAGAACUAUGAUAUUUAAAAAAUUGUUAAAAUUGAAUAUAUGUAAAUAAAUGCCUAUAAAUUUAUAUUUUUCUAUAAUUAAAAAAAUUAAUAAAAUUCAUGUGCCAAAAAAAUGUGUAAUAUGUUCCAAUAUAAAAAUAAAUAUUUGUAAACUUACAAUUAUAUAUAAUAAGUAAUAUUUUAUAUCCUUAAAUAUAACAAAAUAAAAUUCACCACGCUUUUUGUGAUUAAGAAAAGGCAAUGAGAGAAUUUGUAUGCUUAUGCAAUAAAGAACGAGAAUACAAGAUUACGAAAAAGUCAAUUCGUUUAAACAAAUAUCGAUCAUAAAAAAAGAAGAUUUAUUUAAAUUUUAUAGCAAAUUCAAUAUAAAAAGUUCUAAAAAAGAUACAGAAUGAAGCUCGAAGGAAAUUGUUCGAAUGAAGAUAAUACUAAUGAAAUAUUAUUACAACCUACUAGAAAAGGUUCUGGUUCUCGUUUACAAAUUGUACCUGCACAACAUAAAACGAUUACUCAUUUACCGAAAAGACCACCGGUUGACUUAGCAUUCACCGAUUUAACAUAUAGAGUACGAGAAGGUAACAAAAAUAAUGCAAAGGUAAUUUUAAAAUCUGUCAGUGGAAGAUUACGAUCUGGAGAACUGACAGCUAUUAUGGGACCUUCCGGCGCAGGAAAAUCUACUCUCUUAAACAUUCUGACCGGAUACAAAUCAACAGGUACUGAAGGAAGUGUUACAAUAAACGGUCAUGAAAGAGAUCUUAGUGCCUUCAGAAAAUUAUCAUGCUAUAUAAUGCAAGAUAAUCAACUUCAUGCGAAUUUAACAGUGGCUGAAGCCAUGAAAGUCGCUGCAAAUCUUAAACUUGGAUCGCAUGCUAACAAAACAGAAAAGGAAGAAGUGAUUCAAGAAAUUUUAGAUACACUUGGUUUAUCCGAGCAUCGUCAUACUAUGACAUCGAAUUUGAGCGGUGGACAAAAAAAAAGACUUUCUAUUGCUCUUGAAUUAGUCAAUAAUCCACCAAUAAUGUUUUUUGAUGAACCUACUAGUGGUUUAGACUCUUCGUCCUGUUUUCAAUGCAUCUUGCUCUUAAAGACUUUAGCUCGAGGCGGAAGAACGAUAAUAUGUACUAUUCAUCAACCUAGCGCUAGACUUUUUGAAAUGUUCGAUUCGUUAUAUACAUUAGCUGAAGGACAAUGUGUGUAUCAAGGAUCUACAUCACAAUUAGUACCGUUUCUUAGAAAUAUAGGGCUCAAUUGUCCAAGUUAUCACAAUCCAGCCUCUUUCAUUAUUGAGGUAUCUUGUGGAGAAUAUGGAGAUAAUAUCAAAAAUUUGGUAAAUGCUAUAAAGAAUGGAAAAUAUGAUAUUCGAGAAGGACAUCCAUUUCCUGAAAAUAAAUUGGAAGAACUCAAUAAUUUACCUGAUUCGUUUUCGAAAAACGAAGAAGAUGGAAAAAAUACUGAAAGAAAAGAUAAGAAUGAUGUGAGCAAUCUGAAAGAAAAGUUUGAAGAAGAUAAAGUAAAAAAAGAAAUUAAUAAUAAAGGAAUUAUUUCAUCUUACGCAAGUAAUGAUAUCGCAAAACAAGAUGUAGUAAUACCAAUUGAUAUGGAAAAGAAGGAUAACGUCGAUGUAGCUUUACUCGAUGAAUCAAUUAUAGUCACUCCAGAGAGAUAUCCCACGUCGGAAUAUCAACAAUUCUGGAUUGUUUUAAAACGAACUUUACUUUUCAGUCGUAGAGAUUGGACUCUUAUGUAUCUUCGACUCUUUGCUCAUAUUCUAGUAGGAUUAUUGAUUGGCGCACUUUAUUAUGAUAUUGGAAAUGAUGGUGCUAAAGUACUUAGCAACCUUGGAUUUCUAUUCUUUAAUAUGUUGUUUCUUAUGUAUACAUCAAUGACUAUUACAAUCUUAUCUUUUCCAUUAGAAUUGCCAGUACUCCUGAAAGAAAAUUUUAAUAGAUGGUAUUCUCUUAAGGCUUAUUAUCUAGCAAUUACUGUAUCAGAUAUACCAUUUCAGGCAGUAUUUUGUGUUAUAUAUGUUACGAUUGUAUACUUCAUGACAAGUCAACCAACAGAUAUUAUGCGAUUCAGUAUGUUCUUAGGAACAUGUUUACUAAUUUCUUUCGUAGCGCAAUCGGUUGGAUUGGUGGUUGGAGCAGCAAUGAACGUACAAAAUGGUGUAUUUUUAGCACCAGUUAUGUCCGUACCAUUUCUUUUAUUCUCCGGCUUUUUUGUUAGUUUUGAUGCCAUUCCUGUAUAUCUUAGAUGGAUUACUUAUCUAAGCUAUAUUAGAUAUGGCUUUGAAGGGACUGCGCUUGCUACAUAUUCUUUUGGUCGAGAAAAACUUAAAUGUUUCCAGGUAUACUGCCACUUUAAAAACCCAGAAACAACAUUGGAGGAAUUAGACAUGCUCGAUGCAGAUUUCACUCUCGAUAUUCUUGCCUUGCUUUUGAUAUUUGUUGUUCUUCGAAUCGCUGCCUAUUUAUUCCUCCGUUGGAAAUUAAAGACUGCGCGAUAGAUCGAUGUACAAUUAUUAUCAAUUUAAAAUGUUGAAAUACUUUUAUAAACGAAUGUUAAUGGAUUAAGGUAAUAAUGCAUUUUUUACCGUCAUCGUACAGUAGAAGAUUAAUAAUCUUAUGUUUUAAUAUCGAGAAUUAUUUUCUGUUCAUAAUUUUUAAUCAUCAAGACAAGUUCAUAUGAAUACUAAAAUAUAAAAAUAUUAUAUAUAUAAUAUAUAUAUGUUUAUAUGCAAAUUAAAAUAUUAUCCAUCUAUAAUUUAUAAUAUUAUGAAAUAAAUAUAAUUUAUUUGUUUUUAUUAGUUGUACGAUGACAAUUCCAUAAUGGUUGUUGUUACGAUAAUUGUUAAAAUCUUUUGGAUCCAUUUUGUUAUAUUACAAUAUAUUACAAUAUUAUAAAUGGUGAUCUCAAGUUGAUCUUAAGGAUGUAUUACCAGUUUUGAAAGAGAUAAUUAGAAAAGAAUAUAAAUGCAUCUGAUUUGAAUGCAUAAAAGAACUAAUCAACUAUUCUAAAAUUUCGCAAUUUUAUUCUUUGAAAAGGAAUAAGAGGCCUUAAAUUAACAACAUUUCGCAAGUGAUUAUAUUUUUAUCUGCUCAUGGCUGUGAGUUUGACGAUGCAGAUAACAGAAAAUAAAUGCAAUAAUAUAUAUUUUUUAAUUUUAACACGGACAUAAAUCGAUGUUUUUUAGAAUGAUAUUUAAAAUGUUUUAAGAAUAAUAUUUAAAAUAAUAAAUAUCUUCCUAUAUUUAUAAUCAUGAAUGUUAAACUUUGGUAAUGCAUCACGAACAUCGAACUUAAGAUUUAGAAUAAGUUUACCAAAAUUUUACAUAUAUUGUAUACAUUUUAAUUAAUGUAUGUAUUUCUUGAGCAUAAUUUUUUAAGGGAAUUUAUUUGUAUACAAAUAUAAACCACAUAAAAAUAUAUAACAAGAAUAGAAUUUUCAACAAUUUUGGAAGAACAAUUUUAUCGUCAAUUUUUAUUUAAAUUAUAUUUUUCAAAUGUAUUAGAAAUUAUGAUUAAUCAUUCAUGCACAAAAUAAAAUUAAAACAUUUGAUUUAUAGUAUGUUAAUAAUAUUCAUUAAUUUGAUAAAUGUACUUUAAUAAAAGAUAUGUUUAUAUCUAUUUAUAUGGAAUGAAUUAUAUAUAUUUAUAUAAAAAAUGGUUACGCAAUCGAUAUUCGAUAAUAUAUAUCAUUAUAUCGAUAUCCGGAAUAUAAGAAUUUUUAUAAUAAUAUAAUGGUAGAAUUUCUAUAAUUUAAUAAUGCCAAAUUAUUAAAUUAUACUUUUAAUAUGAUAAAAAUAAAAGAAAUAAUAUAAAUAUGUUAAUAUGAAAUACGUAAUAUAUGUGUAAAAUAUAUGUAAUAUAAUAUGAGUCAUGAUGAUAUUGCAAAACAUUGGAAUUAUGCGUAUCGGAUUAUGGAAAUUCUACUAUAUAUAAUUUUAUAUAUAUAUAUAUACAAAUAUAUAUAUACAUACAUAAAUCUUUUAUAAAAUAUCAUGCAUGUGAAUGCGUGUAAUUAUGCUAAACUGGCAUAAUGUUUGUUGUAUUUAAUAGCGUUUGUUUAUUACGAAUAAAAUUGUUUUUCAUAAUAUUAUUAAUUUAAAUAUUUAUCAUGUAUUACUAAGUAAAAGAAAUAUAAAUAUAUAUAUUUUUUCAUUUUCAA